AGCAGGAGACUUUCACCCCUCUGUCUUCGUAUUCCGCAUAUGAGAAGUCCGCGGUAACUAUUUCGUUUUUAACUGUAGCUGCAGUAAAUAGAGGAUAUUGAGACUCAUACGAAAACUAUCAAGCUGAGUUCUCUUUUCGUUUCUUCGCUCGAAUUCCCAUAUUUCAUAGUUGCUGUGCCGAGAUCAGCUACUAGGUCGGCAAUUCAUUUCGAACCAAGCAAAAAAGUAAGGCACACGCAGGUAGCAAGUAGUACUUCUACUUCUGAGCAGCUGCGCUCCUUCGUUCGAGAUCUUCUUAUAAUUUUACAUAGAGCUCCUGAGGCUUUUUACACGAAAGAGAUGAAGCGCCUUAACGCGGUGGCGGGUCAUGUCGUCGGUGGUGGAUCCUCGAUAUCAAUCGCAAGAAAUUCGCGGCCUCGCCACGUAAAAAUUACAGCACUUUUCAUUCACGGUGCGACGAAAUAUUGUACUAUCAGCGUGCUCCUGAGAUUCACGAACCAAUUAUUUGUUGGCAUGAAGCAUCAUGUUCUAGCACCUAGAGGAAGCAGGCGGGGCGUGUCUCAUUUGCAUGACUAUGUCCUGCUUAUCUCCCACCUCCUCCUGAUAUUGUUGCAUUAGGAUUGGUUGAUCGUCCCUCUAGGCUAAUGAAUGAACAUCCGCGGUAGCCGCAGCUCUUUGUUGUAUCUGCACAGCUUCUGACAUGAAAAUCGAUGUUUCGAAUUUCGUAUGUAGGCAGCGCCAGAAGGAGGUGGAGGUGUAUUUCAAAAGCAUAUAGUCGUGUCCAAUACGCAUUCAUUCCGCUCUGCAAUGAAGUUCGUUGUGGCGACAAUGCAUUUGCAUCUGAUAUCCGACGUCUACCACGUGGGCGCCCGGCGGUAAUGGGAACGGUGGGAAGAAAGUCAAAGCUGUUUAUCCGAACAACGACUAAAUCCCAGCCGGAAGAUGAAAAGUUGCUGCCAACAUACAAAAUAUUAUAUUUUGAUGUAGUUGUGCAGAAACUGACACUGAGACAAUAAAAUGAUUGAACAUCAACACAAAGUACGAAAGUGAUGUAUGCUUAUGCAGGGAAUGCCCUUGUAAAAAAAAAAAAAAUGAGUAAAAAGGAAAGCGAUACUAGGGCGGGGGAGUUUUAUUUUUGCUUUUCCAACUGUCCGGGAUCAUUUUUUUGCAUGGAUGCAAUGGUGUGCGGUGCCGCGGGUGGGAUCGGGCAGCCGCUAGCUCUGCUGCUGAAGCAGGAUCCAAACAUCGACGAGCUUAGCCUCUACGACGUGGCGCCGGUGGUAGCAGGAGUCGCGGUGGAUAUCAGUCACAUUUCCACUCCAUGUCAAGUUGUCGGUGGCUACAAAAAGGGAGAGCUUGACGCUGCCUUGCGGGGCGCAGAUGUUGUGGUCGUGCCUGCUGGGGUACCGCGGAAGCCCGGAAUGACCCGGGACGAUUUGUUCAAGAUAAACGCUGGCAUCAACGCGGAUCUCGUAUCAGAAUGAAAAAAAACUAGCGCGUAGCAUUUAUUGUGGUUGUCUUAUGUAAUCAUGUCGGGGGCAAGGCAUUCAUAUGCGUUUGCCUUUGCCACGCAUGAUCUUCUUCACCAUUUUGUUUGUAUUUUUGCUACGCUUUAUUUUUUUUCCGCGAUAUAUUGCCACCGCCUGCGCAAAAAACUGUCCGAGCGCAAUGUUCUGUGUCAUCUCAAAUCCCGUGAACUCCAUGGUGCCGAUCUGGAAAGCGGUUCUUGCGAAACACGGUACGUCGUAAGCCUUAUAUCAUUUGAUAAUUUCUGAAUUUUUGCACGACUCCUUCACUGUUUCAUAAAUAAGUCGCUGCCUUCGCCGAAUACAAAAAGUGAAAGUUGGAAGAAUAGGCAACUAGUACAGCAGUGAUAUUUAUAAAGCGCGACGCUAGCGCUAGCGCAGGUUCCAAGAUUUUUCGUACUUCUCAGAAUCGAUGCUCGGCGUAGUGUUGCAUUUGUUUCUAAGAUCGGUGCCUGCGUAUGAUUGUCAUCUAUGAACUUUAGCAGCCUGCUUGUAAAUCAGAAAGCCGCACGAUAGACGAUACACCACAGGACGUUGAUUGAAAGCCCACACUCGUGGCAUUGCUUCGAUUUUUCGUAUAAAGUUAUCCUGUUCAUCUUGGUCCUCCGCAGAGCAUAUUGAAAUAUGCUGCAACUACAACAUCACAGGCUGUUACGAUAAGCGGCGACUUUUCGGCGUGACAACUCUGGAUGUCACUCGGGCCAACACUUUCGUCGCAGAGAAACUGAAAGUCGACGUGAAUUCGUGUGACGUGCCGGUCAUCGGAGGGCACGCGGGAACCACGAUUCUUCCGCUGCUGAGUCAUGUUUCUGGCCUAUGGUGAUGAAAACACUUUCGACCACGACGCUUUUCGCUGCCACAGGAAAAAAAUGCCCGCCGUCAUUUGUUCAUGGUCGCCGCGUUCGCGAUUAGAGACGGACGCUACAAUGCAUCUACUCUUUGUCUUUUCUUUUCUAGGUAAAAAGGUCGGCAUAGUACAUGUAUGCAUGGCGCGAGCGCGACGCUUUGACUUUUCCUGACAUGACAACAACGUGCGAGUCUUGCCACUACAUUAACCUGCCGCAACUCUACAGAAAACAAGGACCACAAGCACUACGUCUACGGCGACACCUACAGUUGAUUUUGAUGUAGUAAGCUCUCUCCUGCAACAAGCUGCACGUGCUUCUGCACACUUUAUGACUAUGACCUGCUUAGUGCUGUUGAGGAGUGUUUUAUCAUGUCGAAAAGUGCGCCUACCUCAACGCAAGAAAGCGGAAGUGCUUGCGAUGCCAGAUGAAAAUUUUUCAGUUGAAACACUCCACAUUUUGGACAUACCAGCAGCACAAAGACAAAUUUGCAAUCCAGAGUAACAAAGAUGUGCAUGUGCUGCGCUUUACAAAGUCCCAGCAACAUUUUUUCGACUUGCCAUUCACUUAAGAGGUCGUGCUUGUGGUCGUGCCCUGCAAGCCUAAAAUCCGGAGCAAAAAAAUUGGUCCUAGGUCUCUGGUGCAAGAAGUAGACAAAAGGUCAUCUAGGAAACUGCGCAUUACUAGCCUUUCGCACUUCUGGGAGCGAGGCAGGGGCACUUUUUUUUCAAAGUAAUAGACUUUCAGAUCGAUAUGGCAUUCCGGAUGCGGAGCUGGACGCGCUCACCAAAAGAAUUCAGUUCGGGGGCGAUGAGGUACUUAGAACGUUUUUCCGUAUAUCCUGGGUAACAACGUACCUUUCUCCCCCUUGCUAAGCUCAAGGUUGCAGGCUCAGGCAUGCAGCUUUGCAUGACAACACGCAUGGUUAUUUUUGUUUAGUACUACAGAAUUGACAUUGAAUUUUGUUGAUUAAUAGUUUUUUACCUAUGUCGGAACGGUGAGUGGUUCCGUUUUUUGUUUUUCUUUCUGUUUCAAAAUGAACUUGGAUCGCGACCUUUCCAAGAGUCCGCGCAAAUGUUCAAUGUCGAUUGUGGUGGAUGCGCAUCAGUAGAACGUCGAAAAACGGCAGGGGCAUGGAAACGAAAACGUCUGACUUCCAAUUUUUUUACGCUUUUUUUGCGCGCUCCUACCCACUUCGAAGCUUGUGCAUAUUAAGCCUGGUUUGACUUUACAACUCGCCCUCAUGAGUCGUGAAUGGUAAAAAAAAAUACAGGUUGUGAAAGCCAAGGACGGCGCUGGAUCCGCAACACUGUCGAUGUAUGGAAGUGCCAGGUGCGAAGAUAUCGUUCUUGUCAGUGUGCAUUUCAACCUCAUGGUGCAAGGGCAUCAAGUACAGAUGAGAUAGCGUUAGCGACGAUGACAAAUUAUAAAUAUAGCAUCAUAACACUUCUUUUUCUUAUUCUUUGCGAGCAGGAUUCUUUGCUCUUUACAUGUUGGCGUCAUUUUUUGCUUUGCGACGCGACGCGCAAGACAGCGCGGCCGCGGCGGGCCCCCGAGGCAGCUGCAAAUAAUAAUACGAUCGAUACUCAAUAAGAAUAAGCCUCGCACUGUGGGGUCUCCGAACUGCUUUAUGGUUGACAGACAGACUUGUGGCUUCUGAAGAAAGGCGCGAAUCAAUCUGUUGUCGAUUGGAGAAUGAAUUUUACAUGCGCCGUUGCAAUCAGUUGGCCGACGCGCAGCCGCCAUUUUUCUCUUUUUUCUUUGUGAAGCGACAGGUUUUUAUGGAUGACCUGGACGAUCCAGAGCUCUCUAGUAUAGAUACUCAUACCUUAGCGAUAGCGCUGUAAUCAUCAGUGGGUGUCGUGUUACUUGCUUAUCGUGGCCGUAAAAUUUUCUGCAUUGUAGUUUACAACUUGAACUUCUUUCUCCUCGAUUUUUUGCCGCCUGACACUUCCAUACACUGGCACACGCCGGUGCCGCGUUCACUGCGAAAGUCGCAGCUGCACUCAAGGGCCCACACACGCAGAAGGCUUGCGCAUUUGUGGAUUCCGAGAUUUACUCAGGCUGCGGCUUUUUUGCCUCUCCAGUGACUCUGAACACGAUGGGAAUCGCGGAGAUACAUACGUGCACCAUGUCUAUCAACUGAAGAGACACCUCCAGAACCUCGAGCCACCAUAGUGUCCAUAUCUGUGGCGCUCGCGCAGCUGGGGACGAUAGAUACAGACCACAGGAGGAACGACAGCGUCCAGCGCUGCAUAUGCUCUUACAGCCAGAGCGGCUGCUACUUUGUAGACGUGCCUACCAUCAACAGACGCGAAUCAUAUUAUUUCGUGUUGUAUUUAAACGUGUAGUACACUGCUAGUGCUGGUCCCUCUGGUGCCUGUUACGAUGUAUUUCUUUUUCUACUUGGUCAUCUAAUGCCUCUGGCCGCGGCUCUAUUCGUGUUUUAUCUGCAGGUCGUGCAGGCAAGAUGUACCAGGUAAGAGGCGACCGCGCAUCCGAGUCCGAAUCCAGGAAUUUGAACUUGAAUUUCCAGCUGCGCCGCAUGAUGAUGGGCAUAUAUGUAUUAUUUUCGAGGUGGAGGUUUUUCUCAUGCAUGCCACCCGACAGGGAGAAGCAACUCCUUGAUGCAAUGUUACCAGACCUGAAAGCACAGGUGCGCAAGGGAGAGGAGUUCGGCGCAACGCACCUCGCUACGACGAAUUGAGCUGUUGAAGUCGGAAUGUUGAAGAAGAAGCAUGUUCUUGAUGUUGAUAUACUUCAACUCGACGGAGAUGUAUUUCUACUAGCCCUGAUUUUUUACGGGAACGAGUGCUCACGCACUUCUGGUGUAGUGUCUUUAACACGUUGUAUAUCGUAAGCGCAUUGAAGAUUGCAGAGUUGGAGCUCCCACUCCCUGGUUCAUCAUCAGUGUCUUCAGUAUAUAAUUAUAAAAAGGAAGCUGCCAGCACAGACCUCCAUACUAACCUAGAAGGGCCUUCCUUGUUGUCCGUGUUGCCUUUUUGUCUCUAUUUAUAGAUAUGCAUACGUCUUACACUUACUUGUUAUUGUGAAUUAGGGCCGGAAUAUGGAAUGCGCCGCCACUUGUCACCAGAUCCGACCUGCCUUCGCCAGCGGACGUCGCGACUUUUUACAUCAAACUGCGGUCCCUGUCCGUCGCUGCAAAGGGUUUCUGGGUUUUGUGGGUUUAAUAUUUUUAGGUUUUCUAUUACUAUUUUGAUCUUGUUACACUUACUUGUUCAUCUUUGUUGAGAUGGAUGUCCUUUCAUCUACUUUUCGCACAAACAGCGAGGUCAAGCGCAACCCAUGGUAGUGCGUGCUGGCUACUGCUAUUCAUGUUCUUCAAUCAGAUUGAGACUCAGAAAAACUUCAAUUUUGUCAUCUUCGUCGUGAUUUCUUUGUAGAACGAGUGUCAAAAGGUGUACUCACCGCGAGGACCUCCAGUCCAUUGAGGUGAUCUCUUUCCCUCACGGCUUACUUUUAGAAGUUGAAGUGGCGCAAAAAUCCUCGGCGUUUUGGUUAACUAUAGUCACAACAUUUCUUGUUGUUGAAGACGAGAAAGUACUAUUUUGUUCUUGAUGUGGUCGCGGGCGACGCUGUGACAG